AUGGAGCAUGAAGCUCAAGAGCCUCGCAAAAAAAAAGGCCGGGGUGCUGACCAACUGACCGUUCAACUGCUCACGCUGAUCGACGGAGAUCUAUCGCGCGAGGUCGAGCGCGUUGCCAGCGAAUCUUCCGAGAAAGGACAUACGUUCGAAGACUUCUACCGUGAGGUCGGCUUACUCCUGGUUCCUGCGGAUUACAGUGAAGACCUAGAUGAGGAGCUGUGGACCCUGACCAAGCGCCGCGACGAAACAGUUCAACGCUGCUCGGCACGUCUGCGAGAGCUUGCUCAAAUGUACGCCGAGUUGCCGCAGGAUGCGCAAACACUUUCGGAGAAUCAACUCUGUCGCUACUUUCGCCGAGCUAUGCCUCCAAACUGGCAAGACAAGCUUGCAUUUUGUGGAAUCUCCUACGAAACCAUAACAGAGCUUGCGAUGUACUUUGAGCGACUCGAAAGGCGCGAAAGACAGAAUGGCCGGGAGCGCCAGAAUGGUCAAGGAAAGAAUGGUGAAAGGGGUCAAGGUCGGCGUGACCAGCAACGCCCGUUCAACGACCGUAAUGACCGUUGA